AAAAAUAUUCCCAAAAAAAUAACGUAAAAUAAGAUGUCUUCCAGUGUAGAUAAUGAAUUAUAAGUCUUAACUUCCGUUAUCGUAAUGCAGGAAAUAAAAACGUAAUUUUCGUGAUUGAGAUUUCUAAGGAUAAACAUGUCUCUGAUUAUUGAAGAAGAAGUAAGAAAGAAGUUAAAGAAGUUAGGGCCAAUCAAUCAUAAUGACUUUCUCUGUCAAAUUUAUCCUGAGGAGAGCCUAUUUGACGACAUUCUUCGCAGAAUAAAAAAUAUGGGUCCAGUUGUUGACAGAAAUGAGGUUAUGCGCUGUGAAUAUAUUUCAACAAUUCUUUACACAGCUGUCAGUCUUCUUAAAGAUUUGCUUAUCUUACCUCAGAUGACAGUAACAGGAGCUUCGUUUGGCCCAAAAGAUUCAAAAGCUCCACGUUAUUGUGCUACGCAUAAGCCAAUUGGUCAUGUUAACGUGAAGACACAGUGUCAAGAAGAUGGCUGUUAUAAGUUUCCUCAUUUAGGUUUCUCUAGCUCAAAAGCAACUUCAUGCGUCACUCAUAUGAAAGAUGGAAUGAUUCACUUAAGGGUCAGAAAAUGCUUAGAACCUGGAUGUACUACACGCGCGGUUUUUAAUGUUGUUGGCUUAGAUAAGGGCAAAUUCUGCGCUAAACGCGCUAAACACAAAAAACCAGAAAUGAUUGAUAUCCAAACUAAAAUUUGUAAAUAUUCGGGUUGUCAAAAAAAGGCGCUCUUUGCUGUAGAGGGUCAUCACAAACUUUCUGUGGUCAGCAUAAGCAGGAUGGCAUGAUUAUUAUUGCAAGCAGAAAGCGCGCACACUCAGAUUGUUAUACUCGUCCUUACUUUAAUGUCCUGGGAAAGCACAAGGCCAAUACUGCGCUAGACACAAAACAGCUGGUAUGGUUGACGUAGUAAAUCGGCGGUGUGAAAAAGCUUGUUGUAUGACCAUACCGACUUUUAAUC